AUGCCCCGUGAAAUCAUCACCAUCCAAGCCGGCCAAUGCGGCAACAACAUUGGUGCGCAGUUCUGGCAGCAGCUCUGCCAGGAGCAUGGCAUCUCACGCUCCGGCGACCUUGAGGACUUCGCCUCCGACGCUUCGGCCGCGGGCGAUCGGAAAGACGUCUUUUUCUACCAGAGCGACGAUACGCGCUACAUUCCACGCGCCAUCCUGAUUGACCUGGAGCCCAGAGUCCUGGGCGCGAUCAAGACUGGCCCAUACAAGAACAUCUACAAUCCGGAGAACUUCUUCGUCGGCGAGCAGGGAAGUGGCGCCGGCAACAAUUGGGCCGCGGGAUAUGCGGCGGGCGAGCGCGUGCAGGAGGAGAUCUUUGAUAUGAUUGAUCGUGAAGCAGAUGGCAGUGACUCGCUCGAGGGCUUCAUGCUACUGCAUUCUAUCGCGGGCGGGACCGGGUCUGGAUUGGGGAGUUACCUGCUCGAGCGGAUGAACGAUCGAUUUCCCAAGAAGAUCAUACAGACGUACUCGGUGUUUCCGGACACGAAUACCGGCGACGUGGUGGUCAACCCCUACAACAGUUUGCUGGCGCUACGGCGACUGACGCAGAAUGCGGAUAGUGUGGUGGUUCUGGACAACGGUGCGUUGUCAAGGAUCGCGAGCGAGCGAUUGCAUGUGCAGGAACCGAGUUUCCAGCAGACAAAUCAACUGGUCAGUACGGUGAUGAGCGCAAGCACGACUACUCUGCGGUAUCCCGGAUACAUGCACAACGAUCUGGUGGGAAUUGUGGCUAGUCUGAUCCCGACACCACGAUGCCACUUUCUCAUGACGGCCUAUACUCCGUUCUCCGGCGACAAUCUGGAUCAGGGCAAAACGGUGCGUAAGACUACGGUGCUGGACGUUAUGCGCCGGUUGCUGCAGCCCAAAAACCGCAUGGUCAGCGUGGUACCUAGCAAGAGUUCGUGCUAUCUGUCUAUUCUCAACAUCAUACAAGGCGAGGCAGACCCCACGGACGUGCACAAGUCACUCCUACGUAUCAGAGAGCGCAAAAUGGCAACAUUCAUACCCUGGGGACCAGCGUCGAUUCAGGUGGCAUUGACCAAGAAGUCGCCUUACCUCCCGAAUACGCACCGUGUGAGUGGGUUGAUGCUCGCAAAUCAUACGAGCGUUGCGACACUGUUCAGAAGGGUGGUGUCGCAGUACGAGAAGAUGCGCAAGCGUAAUGCUUACCUGGAGCAGUACAAGAAGGAAGCGCCCUUUGCCGAAGGGCUUGGGGAGUUUGAUGAAGCGAAGGAGGUGGUGAUGGGUGCGGUGCAGGAAUACGAGGCGGCAGAACGAGAGGAUUAUCUGGACCCAGAUGCAGGUGCGAAGGGCGAUGGCGCGUGA